AGCAGCUGAAAUCUUUUUCUUUUUAAUCAUUAUUCCAAUCUUAUUGAUCUCUCCACUCAAUUUAAAAAAAAACCUCCUUCGCAACAACAGCAACAAUGCGCUUCACACUUUCUGCUCUUUCGAUCAUUGCCACAUUGGCUAUAGUCGCCAUCGCAGCCCCCGUUCCUGCUCCGCUUGAUGGCUCUACUGACCCAAGCAGCUGGCAGGGGGCGGCUGCUUCUGUCGAGCCCACCAAGGAGGACAUUCGCUGGUUCGCCGAUUCUAAUGCCGUUGAGCCCACCAAGGAGGAUCCCCGCUGGUCACCCGCCCCCAACACUGUCGAACCUACCAAGGAGGAUCCUCGCUGGUGAGGUAAAGCCCUUACCAAUUCAUCCUAUUUCCUAAUCAAGCCAAUCCCGAUAAUAUGGUUGCGCUGGGGCUUGAAUCCCAAAGAGGCAUAAAGAAAUUUUGAGGCAAGAAGAGUUUUAUAGAUAUUACAGAGACCAAGCCCCUUUCCCUUUCCAUCCUCCCUUUAUGCAGAACCCGAAAUAAAAUAAAUUAUGAAUAUUGUUG